CGUAAACAGCAGACAUUGCCUCAGUUUUUACUGAAAACUUGUCGAAAUGAAGAUCGCAUUUCUCUUGGUUUUUUGCUGCUGCCUUUUUACUUUGGCCUUUGGACAUGACAUCGCUGGCACCAAGGCGCCUUUUGUGCGCAGUCGUUACAGCUUACGUUGGCGUAAAACUACGACAGUGAUGCCAGAGACCACAACUGGGCGUGUCGUCGAGCCCCUUACAUCAACGGAACGUCGGAAAGUGGGCACCUCUACAACCAGUCCGGACUACGAUUACUAUGGCAACGGCGAAGCAGAUAAUAUUGUGCAUAAAUAAACAACAAUUACAAGUCUGUCAAUGUCAAUAUAUACACAUUCAAUUAUACAACAUAUGAAGGAUCAAUAAUGGAUAAACAAAAUAUCAAUAUUCAAAUUUAAAUUCAAAUUUAAGCAACGGUUUGAUUUUCAAGAAACUGUCAAUUGCAGAAGAAGAAGCUAACAGCGCGCUGUUAAAUAACAUACAACAAUUCAUUCGUGUUCAGUUAGCCAGACAACAUGAAUUUCGCUACAUAAAAAACUUAUUACUUUUGAA